AGUGCAAGAAUUUUCUGUUUUGUUAUUCUACAAUUCUGCUAUUUUAAUGGUGUAACCUUUUAACACAUACUGGGACUAAUUCACGAACUAGUUAUACCUGUACAGUACUUCUCUGUCACAAAUAAUUCCCAAAGGAGAUCUCUAGAAGCAAUAGUUUACCAGUGUUAGCAGACAAGUAAUUUGAUCUUCACCUUGCUCAGCCACGAUGGAGUUACCUUCCAACAAACACUUCAAAUCUUAGUCUAGAUUUUAUGCUACGGUGGUGGCUCUUUGCUAUCAGGAUCUCCAUUUAGGACACAAAAAUAAGUGCCUCUGUAGUAUAUAUAGAUUUUAUUUGGUUCUUCUUUUAAUUAAUCUACUCUCUGAUCGUACAGAAUCUAUCUCACUAGAAUGCAUGUAAUAUAGUUUUGUUUCUGGUUCACUGCCUCCAUAAAGUACCUAAAACGAUUAUGUGUGAGACAAUAUGACACAACGGAUGAAGAAUUUUGACAACCCUACCAAAACAACAGGAUUUGUGGUGUUCAAUAUUAAAUUCAUCGUACCCCCACCUUGAAGAUACUGUACUGUACCUUCUGGGGGCGAGUGUACAUGACAUUUGAUAUGCGGCAUCACAGUAGUGAAGUUGUAAGGGAUGUGACGUGUUUUAUCUUUGACAAUUUCCUGCUGGUUUAACUUUAAAUCUCAUUAAAGUAUGGCAUAUUUUUUACACCCUGUAGUAGAUAAGUAGCUUUUUUUUCAUCCAAAUAGUACAUUUAAAUGAUCUAUAUACUAUAUCAAUAUGAAUAUAUUAAUGUGAACUGUGAUUAUACUGUAAGUAUUUUGAAUGGCAUAGUCGUGUGUAUGUAAUAUUUAAGAAAAAGAUAAGUAUAGUGGGAACAUUUGGCAAGGUACUGUGUAAAGGGCAUUGUGUCUCAGUGUCUGUAAGAGCUCUGGAGUGGAUAGUUAUGGCGGUGUGGUAUUUUGAUACAGUGUACCAGCUGCAACAGGAUGCUCCAAAGCCAGCUGCGGUCUUAUGCACUGACCGACCACCUGACAGUCCCAGUUUCUAUGGCCUGGAGUAUCAUGGCAGCAUCAGACGGCACCAGUGUCCAGACCUGCUCACGCUUGAAGGGUCGUACCUUGUACGGCACAGUGAGAAUACAGAAGGAUUUUACACACUGAGUAUGCGGUUUAACGGUCAAAUUAAACACUUUCGAUUAUACUUCGACGGCAAAAAACAUUAUGUUGGCGAGAAACGAUUUGACACCCUACAUGAUCUAGUAGCUGAUGGACUCGUUACAUUCUAUAUAGAGCUGAACGCUGGAGAACACCUCAAAGACAUUUCAUCCGGUUCUUACGUCAACUCUCCGUAUUACACCCUGACGAGGUCCAUCCGGAAACACAUGCAGAUCAACAAACUCACAGGAAACAAAGAGAAUAAUGAACCAACUAACGAAACGGAUGCUUCAAAAUUUUAUGUGUCAAUUCCUGUGGAUGUAGUACCUGUGGAAACUGCUGACUCGCCAGAUGCCACUACACAGCGUCCACAUCGAUUCCAAACCAGUACAUUCACUGGACUCCAUUGGUGUGGAUUCUGUGGUCACUUCCUGUGGGGUUUUGUGUCUCAGGGCGUCAGAUGUCGAGACUGUAGUUUCAAGGCCCAUAAGCAGUGCAGUUGUAAAGUUCCCAAUGAUUGCAACCCUGACCUGAAAGAUGUGCAAAGUAUAUUUGGUGCUGAUCUCACAACAAGUUUGGAGAUGACAGGAGGAACUACUAGUCAGGUUCCAGCAGUAGUAAAAGAGUGCAUAGCAGAGAUAGAGGCUCGUGGCCUCGCAGCUGAAGGGAUAUACAGGGUUCCUGGCUCACAAGACCAAAUAGAAGCUCUGAAGUUGGCUUUUGAAAGAGAUGGCAACCGAGUGAACCUGGAUGAAAAAGCAGUUGGGGACAUAAAUGUGGUUGCUGGAGUGUUGAAACUGUACCUGAGGCAAUUGCCAUUACCACUCAUCACCGCUAAUUGCUUCAGCAAACUUAAGGCAGCUUGUAAAUUAAGUGAUCGUGAAGCCCGUGUGUCAAGUAUUCAAGAUGCGCUCAAGUCCCUUCCUGAUGCACACUAUGCAACACUUGAAGUUAUUAUCUAUCAUCUUAGCAGGGUUUGUGAUCACUGUGCAGUCAAUAAGAUGUCUGCCACCAGCCUGAGUACAGUCUUUGCACCCACACUUGUUGAGACUGAUGUGGGUGAUGACAUUCAACCAGCAGAUUUACUUGCUUUGGCGAAUACAGCUCAAGAGCCUAGAGUUGUGGAAGUGCUCAUUGUGUGUCACCGAGAAAUUUUUCCCUAACACAAUUGUAAUGUAAGUAUCUCAAGAUUCACAGACACACCUUGUUGUAGAGAAAACUUGCACCAAGUAACUUGUGCCUUCUUUAAAGUAGAUUUAAUUAUUUCUCAGAUGAAUUGUUUAUAGAGUUACUAACAUGAUGUAAUAGAUAUAUAUUAUGGCAGUUAACCUUUAUACAAUGUCAUGUGGUCUUGUAUGAAAUAUACUGCAGUGUGUUUUUAACAAACAACUCAUUUUAGAUCAUAAAUUUUUUACACAAAAUAUUAUAUAUAAUAGAGGAGAAAAUAAUUAAAUUAAUCUUGUUUUAUAUAGGUAAUAUUAUAUAUGCAGUAGCAAUAUGCAAGUGGUGUAGGUGAAGAAUACUGAUAUGUGAUAUUUUAGGUAAAUUAAAUUUUUUAAAUUUUGCAAAAGUAAUUGAUAAUUAAAUUUGUGUAAAAUGCUAAGCUGAGGAUUAGCCCUGAUUUUGUUCAUUGAAUAUUUUUUAAGUUAGAAGUAGUUGAUUGAAAUUGUAACACUGAACGACUACCGGUACUUAAAGUAAUGAUAUGGAAUAUGACAGCAAGAAAUAACUUUAAACUUGACAAUAUUUUUAAUAUUGUGAAGUUGCAUAGAAAUUAUUCAAAAUUAUUUAUUUAUUUAUUCAUUAAUUUUUAAAUACAUGAACUCUAUUUAGUUGAACUUAAUAUGAAUCUUCUUUCAAAAUUAACAUAAAAAGAUUUACUUUUGGAAAGGUAAUUUUUUAAGGUCCAGUUAAAAUUUUAGAAAACGGGUUUGUGUUUUUUGACGUUCCACAAAAGCAUAAAGAAUUUAUUUUCCAAAAUGUGAAUUGGAGAAUUGGAAUUCUCUAAACAUUUUGUGGGGAAGUUAUAUUCUUAUGAACAAACACUAGUACGUACAGUAUUAGGUUAUCAAGAUAUGGUCCUCCCCUGUGUGGUCUGCCAGUUGGCUCACUGAAUGAAAGACAGUUCUAUGAACAACUUCCUUUUAUACUGUAAAUGCUUAGGAUAAAACUAUCUUUGACUGCUCUUUUAUAAUACUAUAGUACAGUAUGUUUGUUAAAUGUGACUGACAAUCUUUGUGCAUAAACACAUACCAGGAAGGUGUGCCUGCAUGUUGACACAGUUAUAUCUGUUUAUGCCUUGAACCCAGAGGUCAUGAGCAGGCCCAGGAGAGAGGCACAACCCCCUCUCCUUCUAUCAAUGGAACCCUCGCUGAUUAAAGAUGUGAAAAUAUAGUCAUAUAUUGUACAGUGUUCACCAAGUGGUUAGAACCAUCCUGUUGCAUUAGUUGAGAGUCUUUGACAUCAUAAAUUUGAUCCUACUCUAUUUCCAGCCACUGGCCCCAUAAAUUUGUGAGCCUAAUCAGGGGCAUGUAGUAGGAAACUCAACCAGUGAGUGCUUUCAGCUCUUACCCAAGAUGGUGGAAUGUGUUACAGUCAUAUGCACUCUAGCAACCAUUCUUUUUUAUUGUAAGAAGCUACUUAGCAUGUGUAGUGAUGAGGAGUACCCAGCUUCCUCCAUUUAUAAUGAAAUCUCUACCUUGUCUUUCAAGAUGUUCUCUCAUUUUGACCAGAAUCAUAAAGAUGUUGGUUUGGCAACCUCAUGUAUGGAGAGACAAAGGAGGAACCUCAGCCUUAGCAUCUUAAAAAAUUAGAAUUGUUUGAUUUAUUGCAGUUAAUACAAAGCAUUCAUAUAUAAAUAUUGUUUGUGUAUGGUUUACUGUAUAAGCAAACCCCCACAAAAAUAUUGUUUAAAAUGACCUUUUUGGAAGGUUGACAAAACCUUUUGAGAUCACCUCCCACAUAGGAGGUGAACUACUAUCCAUCAAGAAUCAAACUAUCUUGCCUCUCUUGGUGUCUAACCAUGAGGUUGAUUAUAGGAGAACUGCAUUGUUAUUUAAUAAGCUUGAGGCUAUCAUUAUGGAGAGGGCAAUUUAUUCUCUGAUUGGUUAAAGGCUUUUGUUCUGUCCUCUUUCUGCUUUUUUAUUUCAUUGUCUGUAUUGCUGGCACUUUGUGGCUGCUCAUCCCCAUAGUGCUCCAUCUCUAUCACGCUUGUCAUUCUGGACAUCCAAUUGUUGCACUGAAAGCUGGAAUUUGGGCUGCCCACCUGGGUACUGAACAGCCCUUCGAUCUUGUAAGUGGGGGAUCAGCAAUGAUUCUAAGAGAUACUUUAGCACAUACAGUAUAGGUACAGACGAUUUCACAUUGGCACAGGUUAUUUUGUCAGAAAUAAGAAUAGUAUGUAGUGAACUAUAUUGUGGAUUCUUCCAAACCAGUUUCCUGCCCAAGUGGCACAGCACUUACGUCACUAAUUUUUCUAACAACUUCACUUUUAGCACUACUGUACAAUCAUUGCCUUAUACCUUUUCUUCACUGUAAUUAGUUGGGUAAUAAAUAGGAUUAAUGGUAAAGUAGCCAAGCUGCAUCUGAACAUUAGCCUACUACACAGGGUAGACUAACAAUUAUUGGGGUAUAUUUUUGUGUGUAUGCUUGCCAGACUUGGGCACUUAAUGAGGAACAAAAUACACAGCACUUGCCUCAGCUGCACUUUGGGAAAAAACAGUUGCAUUUUUUUUUUUUCAUUUGUAAUAUAUAAGGAAAACUGCAAUGCACUUGUUUGUGUUCAACAGGAGUUGGCUGUACAUGUACUGUACUUUACAUUUCAUGAGUAUGUAGGUCUAUCUAGGCAAGAUAUCAGUGUACAGUAUGAACAUUUUGACCAUUUGAUAUCAUUUUUAUCAUUAAUCCUCUAAUGCAUUUGUGAGAGUACCACGUAUAUUUAGGUAAGUUAUACCUGUAAACUAGUAUGAUAGACACACUAGAGGUGAGAGGGAUAAACAUUCAGGAAGCAGCAACAUGGAUCAGGUGGAUGUUGGGAGAUUGAUGUGCUGCUAAUGGCUUAUGCUGGGUUGUGUGAAGCAACAGGUGUAAACUAGGUAGAUAUUUGGGGCCAUAGUGUGGAAGAAGAAUAAGUGACAGCAAAUAAAGAAUGUCAAUAUUAUCUUGUGAUUCAUCUCACUCUGCCUUGUACAGUAGUAUGGAAAAGCUUGCAAGUUUUAUCAUUCUUGUAGUUAUUGUAAUCUGUGUUUCAUUUAAUAAAAUUUAGUUUUUUAAGAGUUGAAAAUAAUUUCAUGAGUGAAGCUAUUUUAUGAAUGUGUUCAUAUGAAUGAAUGUAUGUGUGUGUGUGUGUGUGUGUAUUUAUUUAUAUAUACACAAUUUUAAUAUUAGUGCGACAUGUGAUUUACAAAAGGCAAAGUUUCUAAACCUGAAACUGGUAAUGAAAACAGGGUGCAGGGAGGCUUUAAAAUACAAUUAGAUUAAUAAACUAAUGUAUUCAUAGAAUAUUCCUGGUUUACAUUGUAAGUAAUAUCAAUGCAUGUCGUUACUUUAUUACACAAAUAACUUGUUAUCCUGAAACAAACACGAUACACUGUAACCUCUUCAGUUGUGUGCAGGUCUUUUGCUGUACAGGCAUUUAGGCCACAGGUAGGUGCCUAAGUAAGUUCCCAGCAAACAGUGAGACUUGUACUUUAUAGAAGUAAAGUAGUUUAAAGCAAUAAUCUUUAUAUGUCUUGUUGUGUUCACUUUGCUAUAGUUCUUGUUAUUAUUAGUGCUCGAUGGCCCUUUUGUUUAUUUAUUAAAUGUAUUAAAUUUCUAAUAUUUUCUCAGAUAAUCAUCAAAUAGAUUCAUAUAAGACUUCAAGUGAUAUUUUCUCAGAUGAUCAUUGUAUAGUUUCAUACCAGACUUAUCACAUGAAUAAAACUGUAUUUUCAGAAUGAAAUUUGUUAUAAAUGAAAAAAAUUGAUUGAGGGAAACUUAUUGAUGCUAUUCAGUUAGAGAAAAAAUCAUAACAGAAUAUUUCCGGCUUCUAAUUAGAAAAAUAAUAACUUGUGUAUGAAGUCUCCAUAUACAGUACAGACAGUCCCCGACUUACAAACACCCACACCUACGAAUGGAAUCCUGGAAUACUGUAUUUUUUAACAUCACUUUAUUUACAGUAGUUACCGUAUUUAUCAUGUAUGGGAUAUUCUUGCUGUUUGUAUGGGCACGGUUGUGUUUUAACCUCACAUAUGAACACUGUUAUGACUUACAAACAGAUUGACGUACAAUAGUCCAGAAAUGUAGUCCGUUCGUAACUCGGGGACUGACUGUAUAUUGUAGUCAAGAGUGCCAACCAUGGAGGUACUAAUACAUGUGUACAUUAUACCUCCUUGAUAGUGUUCAUGGUAAAUUCUUUACAGGUGUUUUCCAUAUGCACCAUGUUGUUAACAGUUUAUGCUCAUCUUAUACAGUAACCCCUUGAUAAGACACACUGUUAUGUUAAACUAAACGCUAUGACCUAGUUAAACUGUGUACGGUACUGUUGAAUUGAUGAACAAAUACUGUAGUAUAAAUAAGGUUAUGGUCCUGGGGUUAGGUUCUCAUAACUUGAGAUGUGAGAACACAUCUAAUUGGUUGACUAGGGAUAAAAUGCAAACACAUCAUCUAAAAUAACCUUUGAAUCACAAUGAGGAAUAUUUUCUGUACUCAAGUUGGGGGUAAAGUAAAUCUAAUCAAAUCUUUGUGAAUGUGAGACUCAGACUACCAGAAACUCUUCCUAGGACAGAUACUGUAAUUGAAUUAAGAUGAGAGUUUGAAAUUCUUCAUAAUCUAUAGUAUCCUGUGAAUAAUAAAAAAAGCAAGUAAAUUACAAGACAAACUAAUGUACUGUACUGUACUGAUAACGUGAAAUUCACUGCUGGAGUCACAAAUACUGAGGACCUCUCAACUUCUUGUAGCAAGCAUUUUUGUCAAAAUUUUAUCCUUCCCUUAUCAGAAAUAACGUGAGCAUGGGUGUGUGUUGUUACAAACAAAGUGUAUUCUAGUGAUUCAUGUAAGUGAUUCACUGAGCCUGAACUUUCAUUUGGCUGUUGACUCCUAAUGUGACUAAAUCUUCCCCAUAAAUCACUCCUAAGUGAGUGAGGACUUUGUGUUGUUGUAGCUUUUAGUGGACCUUUAUAUACUGAACCGUGUCUUAAGAGAAUUGUGUUUCACAAAAAGCCUUUCUUAUUAUGAGUUUACUGUAGAUAUUGAAAAAAUUUUUGCUUUGUGUAAAAGACGAUAAAUAAUAUUACCCGUACAAUUAGUAAAUGUUUAUCUAUAAAGGGCAAUAAUUUAUAUAUCUUUUCUAAUGUACAGAUUUAUCAGUUGCUUAUAUAUUUUUCUCAAUAAGUUUUGUUUGAUAUGAAGCAGAGCAUUUUAUUAUGAUAAUAGUUUGUUAAUAAAGUGUUGAACAUCACUUUAAGGAAACCUACUUAGAAUAACAUUGAUUGUUAAAAUGAGGCACAAAAGCUUUUAUCAAAUAUGGCUUUUUGGCCAAGAUAUUCAAGGACUUUCUUAAUACUGUUUGCUUUCAGUGUACUUUGAAGUCAUAUAUACAUAUAGAAAGUAUAUAAAUAAUUUUUAUCUUUAAAAAUAUAUGUGUAAGAAUACAGUAUGCGAGUCCAUUUUGAACAAAUCCAGAUCUUUACUCAGCAAAACUGAUGAAUGGCUCCAUAGUGUGAUACAGGUAUGUCUAAAAUGGACAUUAUCUCAUAUAUUUGGAGUGUGUCUAUCUGGUUUAUUCCUCUUCUGCGGUAAUAUUCUUAUUGCUGGCCUAGCACUCUGACACGCAUUCCUCAAUAAUUUAUUGCUUUCCUCUGUCUAAUUUUGCUUCAUUCUUGUAAUGACAUAUUGUACACUUCGUAUCUUUUGAUGAAAUGUAUUUCAUAUUUAUUUAGUGAACUCCCCAUCACUUUACACACAGUAUAUGCCCCUGCUUGUAACUGUGGGGUGGGUUAUUGUUUUUAGUCCUGCUUGUCUGUGUGUAGGUGUGUCCUCGAAAUUCUUUAGUCGGUUUGUUUGACACGUCACAGGAUCCACAUGGCUAAACUUUCAUUGCUAAUUGUGCCAAAAUUGAUCAAGUGUUGCUGUUGUAAUUGUGGAUGCAAUAACAACAUAAGAUUUGUCUAGUGGUUAAAGAAAGUGAUGACAUGAUACAAAAUUCAGCGGUGACUACAUUAGUUUACAGUAACACCAUCAUUACCUAAUUAAUGGUAGGGUUAAAUCAGCUUUCCUUUAGAUCCCCUACACUUGAAAAUGUGGAAGUGAUGACAGCUAUAUGUCCCUGAUGUAUUUAAUAAGCUCUAGUUUCUUUUUAAUAGGAGGUAUUGCCAUAGUGCAUUUGUGUCUCACCACUGCAAUUUUGGGUGUGGUCCCUUGUUUGAGUGUGAGAAGGUUGUUAUCCAGUGUGACCCUACCAAAUAGUGCGGGUUAUCUCCAUGAACUCUGGUUUUCUCCUGCACUUAACACUGGACUCAUGAGGGUAACAUCAGGCACAUUGGGGGGUUAAAGAAGCCACUAGCCUCCUUCCCACAUCAUAGAAGUAGAUUGAAAAAACAAAGUAAUACUGCAUUAUUCACGGCAGAUAGACAUAUAUUUAUGACUUUUUUUAUGGCUGUAACACAAAUUAGACAUAUAUUUAUUACUUUUUUUUAUGGCUGUAACACAAAUAUUUAAUUAUUAGAGCACAAAAUCAGUCGCAAUGUUAAAAGCAGAUCAGUACACAACUUGGGAGAGAGGUGUUGUGUGUUAAGAAUGGGGUACGUGAGGAGUUCAAGCGAUAUCAAUGAUUUAAUGAAAGCAUAUACCGUACGUAAAAUAUUCCUGUAAUUUACACCCAAAAAAUUCACAAACUACUAUACUGUAUACUUACUGUAUUUUUGUAGUGGUCUGAGAAGAUAAGAGUGCCUUUGUAUAGAGUAUAAUGAGGUGAAAAGGCAAGAUAAAGAGUUGAGUGAUGAGUGUGGGAUAACCUUCAUACUUUUGAGCUAAGAUUGAGGGUCAGAAUGAUAUGUUAGAUGCCUCUGUAUGUCUCGUGGUGUGGAGCAUUAGAGUGAAGCAGCACCUUACUCAGUGAUGGCCGUGUGUCCUGUAGAAGUGAUACAGGUAGUGAUACAUACCCUCUUAUAUCCUACUUAAGUCUUCAUUGUAGAUUAUAUUGUUGUUGUUUUUAGAAAUGUUAUACAAUAAGGGAAACAUCUAAAUAGUGGACUUAUAUAUUUAUGCUCUCGUCAGCGCCACUUGCAUUUUUUAAUAUCACAAUACAGUACCUCUUAUAACCCUAUGUAGAAGUUGCUUAGUAGUAUAAUAUAAGAUGGUAGUGGGUUCUAACAGCCUAAGUAGUGGUAGUGGCAUCAAGAAUUUUUUGUUGUUAUUUGGUGUGUCGUCUGUGUUCCAGUUACUAGAUGCUUAGUAAGUGUGUCAUUGUUUUUGAUGUAGUACUUAAUAUUUUAUCUCCCCUACUCUUUUUUCCUUCAACUUACACCAUGCCGGGAUUGUUUCAUGAGUAUGUGGCGUACACUUUAGAAACUAUUGUAUGCAUGAUGAACUGUUCUCUGUACAGUAUGAGUAUAUUGUUAUUAUUUUUUUUUAAGCUAACAAAACAUGAAAUGCAUCUGAGUGCACAAGAGUCGAUUGUUCUAGUCUUAUUAACAAAGAUGUAAUAAUAUUGUAUAGUUAUGUAUUAUAAAAUUAUCUGUACACAUAAUUUUCUUUUUAAAUCUUUGUACUUAAUAUUACAUCACUUUUAGAGCGAAAUUUUUACCUGCAAGAAGACCAUUUCCAAAGGUGUUUAUAUUUCCACUAAACCCAUACGAGGCCUUGAGGUUGAUAGAGCCAUACCAUACACAGGUUCAUGGUAAUGUUGGCUCUGUUUACUGUGAUCAUUACCAAAAAGCAUUUUCUUCUCAUACUAAUGUAUACUGUAGUUACUUAGGUAUUGUAGUAAGUAUGGGGUAACUCCUAACUAAUUUCAUAUUACACCUGAUACUGUACUGUACUGUUUAACAUACUGUAAUUUGUUAACUCUGCCACCUAUCUGUAACUCCCCACCUACUAUGAGAAUUGCUAUUAACUAUUUAACUAUUUAUCUUGUUCCAACUUUAGCAUUCAUCACUGACUCUUUCUCAGUAAGUUGUUUAUUGGUAUUGUUAGUUGACAGCACAAAUUAGUUAUUAUUUGUUGAGUAAUUGAGUACGGUACUAUUGUAGUGGUUUACGAUGCACAGAAAUAUUAUUAUACAACUGUUACACUGUUCAUGUUCAAAUUUAAAGGAUAAGCUUAUUGCAUAUAGAUUUUUUAUAUUGUACAAUGUACAUUUAAUUAUUCAUAAAAUUAAGUUCCUGUAUAUGAUAACAGAUUUUAUGAAUGACUUAUUGUUUAGGGAGCAAGUUAAUUCUCCAUGACGACCUGUCUUGUCAUGUUUAUAAACAGCACAGUGACAUGGUGCUGUAAGAGCAGCUAUUCUUCCGGCCAUAACCAGUUCUCACAGUUCACACAAAAAAAGGGAACUCCUGCCACCCUAAUCUGUAAACUGGAUCUCUAGGAAGAUAUUCCCAUUUUGCUCUUUCCCAUUCUCCUGAUCAUAUGAUAACAUUUAUUGGGUUUAUCAUCUUUUAUUGGUUGGUUUAUAGAGUAUUUACAGUACAAUGCUGUACCAAUAUAUACUAAAAUGAAAUAUGUAAGAAAGUAUUUGUGGCAACCAUUGGGUCUCUUAUGUGAAUGAAGUAAAGGUGUUCAGACAAGUGCCUCAGGGUUACUUAUGUAAGAUUUGUCUCUUAUUUUGAUCAGUGUUCCUCGUGACUGCCAGUAGGUGGGGCCAACAUGGUAUCACUCACACAGUGAUCAGACACUGAUUGCAACUUUACCUGUCUUCAUGACAGUUUUUUGUCAGAAAGGAUAUCUCCUUGGUUCUGAUUGAAUUAUUGUACUGCAGUUGUUUGGAGAGUGCAUUAGGAUAAACUACCACAAAUACAGAUAAAAUCCAGAUACAGCAGCUGGGAUUUACAGGUCUGCAUGUAAGGUCCACCUUAGGAAAUGUCUUGUGCUCUUCAUAUUGUUGUUCUUAUAAAAUUCAGAGAACUCCUCAGGGAGCUCUACCCAGUGGAAUUGUUCAAAAAGUUCAGGAGAGAUUAUUUUAGAUUUCUUUACCUGAAUUAUCAUUGAACACAAGAUCCAGGCAGUUUUCAUAUUGAUGAGUGGAGAUCACACCCAGCUGCUUAUAACUGUAGAUGGUGAUAAUAUUUUGAUCAAUAUUAUCACAACAACACAAAGGGGGUUUUAGCUAUACCAGUAAGAAGGUAACUAAAAAUUAUAUUGUUUUUUACCCCAAUUAGCAGCCUGUGUGGAAAGAGAUUUUAGAAUGAAGUCAGCUGUUAUGGGGGGAGGGGGUCUUUAAUAGCAAAUAUGGUAGUGUUACAGAAAUAGUUAGAAUAAGGCUGCACAUUAGGCCAUUUAUAUCAUCUGUUUUGGGGACAUUUAAACCCAUAGGUGGCACUUUUUAUUUCACGUUAUAAAAGACACCUCAUAUAUUUGGCAUUGUCGCUUAGUCGUUCUGCUUAAGCACAUCCUUCCUCCUGGUACACCUGACUGUAUCUGUAAUUCACCUAGUACAGUACACAUAUUCACUGCUUUGAUACUGUCUUACAAUACUACAUAUUAUUUAAGUGACUCUUUGGACUAUUCCUGUGUGGUUAUUGUCUCCGGCCAUCCCAGGAAGGGGACUCGGAAUGCAUGGUUUUUACUGAUGUGUGCAGUCAUCCAUUCCUCUGUCCGGCCGGCAGUUAUGAACUCAAUAACUCGAGCAAACAACUAUGAAUUUAAAGUCAGACCUGAGUGUGUGGCUACAUCACAACAUAUUCUUGAAUGGUUUUUGUAAUUGCAUUUUUUUUAAUUACUGUACUGUACUUUUCUGUACUAUUCAGAUUUAAGGUCCCUCAGAUUUUUUGUGGCUUGAUGGGGAAUUGUCCCACUUUAAUCAGAGCUUCAAUGGGCACUGAAAAAUCUAUAAUAGCCCUGUAACCUUGGAAAGCAUUAAUUUUGUUUUGAAACCUAAAAAAAUGGAAAUUAGCCAUGGAAAAUAAAGGCUAUUGGGAAAAAAUGGCCUUGUGAUCCUCAGCUUCCUUCUUAUUGACAGUUGUAUUUUUAUUUGUGUUUUUGUAGUAAUUAUUUGUUUUAUUGAAAAAUGGUAAGAGUGAUCAUAUUUUUGUGUUACAUAAUGUUUUACAAUAUCCAGUAAAGUGUUGUGAUUAUGAAAGGACAACAAUGAUAUUAUAGUCUUAAUUAUUUCUUUAGAACAAUAACAUGAUAAAGUUGAGUAGAAUACUGUAGUUUGUCUGUAAGAGGUGAUAAGGUUUAUAGAGUUUUUCCUUUAUUUGUAAGUCUCAAACAUUUUAUAUUAAUAUAUAAAGGAGCCUAUAGAAAUGGAAAUUUGGAUCUGUAAAAGCCAGGAAAUUUGUGUGGUAAAUGGCGUGAUAAACCUGCUUAAUGGUAAUCCUGUUUCAACUUAAUCAUCUCAACAGUAUAUUCAGUUUGUAACAAUUUUGUUAAUAUAAAUUAAAAGUUGAAUACCUUAUUAACAGGAGAAACUUUUAGGCAGGAUUUAACAUUGAUGGAGUAAGGUUUAUAUAUGCCAAAAAUACAGUGAUAGCUUCCUGCUUAGCAGGGAUUGGUGAAUGAAUGUCAGGAAGUCACAGGAGAACUGUGAUCAUGCAUUUAAUGCUGGCAUUUACACUAAUGAUUUAAGAUGAUCGUCUGUAUGUUUGAUUUUUAUAUAAUUUAAAAUAAAUGGUUCUUCCUUG